UCAGUAGAAAUCAUCACUUUAUAUUUUUCCUCUUUUUAAUUCUCUUCUUCCCUUUCUCCUUCCCUCUCUUUCUCUUCGAAAUCACAAAAUUGCCACCGCCGACGAAGUUGAACUCCGGCGACCGGCUGUCCUUUCUCCGUUUGUCUCCGGCGAACCUUCGUGAGAUCUGCACCUCAUUUCUUAUCCGUUUUGGAUCCUCCUUUCGCAUCUUGCUUUUGUUUUUUGAAUUUUAGGAGAAAAAAAACGAAAAAGAAAGAAGAAGAAGAGGAAGAAAAUAAAGAUUAUCUGAUCAGAGCAAGUUUUUUUUUUAGCAGUAGAAGGUGAGAAAUUCAUCGAAAUUGAAAUCAAUUGUGUUCUGAUUAAUUUCCUCUUCGGAGCUUCUGUUUUUCGUUUUCUUAGCUCUACGUAGAUCACUUUGUCUACUAUCGCGUUAUGCGUGGAUUUCUCCAGAUUUUGGUUUUUGAUCAAGUUUCAUGCUCGGUGAAUUCGAAGAAGAAGAAGAAGAAGAAGAGAGAGUUAUUUGAUUUUUUUUUCUUUUUGGAUUUUGAAUUUCCGAAAUUAGAGAAAGUGUUCAAAUUAAUUUUAAUGAUUGAAGGAAUUAGGAUUCAAUGAACCCUAGUGUUUGUAUUCGUUCUGCGAGAUUAGAUGAACAGUGAAAACACUUAACGUGUCUUCGGAGAGAGAGACAUGAACCUGUCAAUCCAGACAUCUGUCAUGGAUCUCUGUCCUAGAACCCUUUGUUUCUUUCCAAAUUUUCCAGGUUAAAAUGGUUCCUUUUUUUUUUCUUUUUCUUUUUCUGGGAUUCCAUUCUAUAGAUAUUCGUUCAUGAGUACUUUAAAAAAUAAUUAUUCGGUAUGGUCAAAAAAGAAAUUACCUCACAAUCAAUCUUUUAUGAAGUAUUUUAUUUUAUUCUGAUUCUGGUGAAUCAUGUUAGGUUUGCGAAAUAAGUGUUUAUGGGGAUGGACAAUAAUCGUCACUGCACGUGGAUGUCCAUGUCUUUACCCAUCUCCCAAACAUUACCACCAGCUAGUUCAUACUUCAACCUUACAACAAAACCCAUAUAAUGUAUCUGUGCAUAGCAUUACAAACAAAACACAUCAAUUUACAUUCUCUAUUUGAGAAUUCUCUCUGCAAAUUUAGGCACAAAAAACUCAUGAAACAGUAAGUUGUCAUAUAUAUAUAUAUAUAUGGUAACUACUAACUACCACUAAUUAGUGUUUGAGUCAAAUUGGGAAGAAAGGGAAGAAUGUUACUGUGUUUGAGCUUGAAAGAUAGAUAGGAAUAGAAAUAGGCACUUAUUAUUGGCCCUGCAAGUUAUGGCAUCACUUUCAUAGAAUUCCCUUUCAUGAAAAGGAGUUGAGAGAGAUGAGGAAAUAGGGACAGAGUGGGUUUAUGUGGAGAGAACCCAUUGCCAACCCACCCGACCAUGGCACUCCCGUGAGAAAGACAAAAGGGGAAAAAAAUAAAAGCCUCUUACCCUACGCCCUUACCUCUUUCUUAUCCUACACCCCCUCCAUAAUUCCAUUUCAUUUCCCAGUAUCCCCAAUUUCCAAGGGGACCCCCCUCCCAUCCCUGCAAUUCUUGCUAUGUUCUCCAGUUAAACUGUAACCAAAGUUUGGUGAUAAAACGUUAAAUGCACAUUGAGACAGUUUCCGCUAGUUUCUCUCAUCCAUCACAACUAAUGUUGUUUUCCCUCUCCAUAUUCUUCUUGCCGUGUCCUGAUCUUGUUGGAUUCAGGAUAUUUUUUAUGACAAAAACAUACCCACUUGCGUUUACCACACACGAUUCUCAAAUUUGUUCUCCAACAGAUCAGAGUCUCUGUAAAGAUAUUUAUUGCAGAGGAAAGGAUCUUCUUUCUGGAUAAUCUGUGCUGUUCAUUUAUUCCAUUGAUUGCCAAAGCUGCUAUAUCUAGCCGAGUUUCAUGAACACUAAGAUCAAUGUGGUCUAACUGUGAUAGAGUGGAUGGAUGUACAUGAAUCAGAUCAAGCAUUACGGAAACUCCGAGCUGUGGAGACUCGAAGACAACCCUUGGUUCUAGCUGAAAAGUUCAAUGCACUCGCUACCAGGCUUCCAGCAACAAGGGAAGUUAGUUCAAGGUAUAAAUCACCUUCUCCAGCAUCCCCAACUUCUACUCCUCGGCGAUGCCCAUCUCCAACCCUCUCAAGAACUACUCCUGCAUCACCCAAACCGUUACCAAAGAGGCCUGUCUCAGCAGAGAGGAAGAGGCCGGCUACUCCCUCUUCCCCACGCAGUCCUUCCACACCGGUCAGCGACUCAUCUGCAGAUGUGCAUUUAUCAUCCAGACAGGCAGCUGGUAGCCGCUUUCCAGAGGCCCUAUGGCCUUCUACAAUGCGAAGCUUGAGUGUUUCUUUCCAGUCCGAUACCAUUUCGAUACCUGUCAGCAAGAAAGAAAAAGAGAAGCCGGUUACUAGCCCUUCUGAUCGUACAUUGAGGCCUGCUUCCAAUGUGGCUCACAAGAAGGCUGAAACUCCUCGAAAGGCUACUCCUGAGAGAAUUAGGAGCCCUCUUAAAGGGAAGAAUACCACUGAUCAAUCAGAGAAUUCAAAACCAGUUGAUGGUCUGCAUUCUCGAUUGAUAGAUCAGCAUCGGUGGCCAAGUAGAGUAGGUGGGAAGGUAUUGCCUAGUUCAUUAAACCGAAAUAUAGAUCAUGCUGAUACCACGAUAAGAAAGUUGAGCACUCCAAUUUCAGAAACUGGUGUAUCAUCGCUGAGAAGAUUGUCUUUAUCGAGUGAAGUUUCGGCCUCGGGAACUAGCAUGCCUUCGCUGAGAAGAUUGUCUCUACCAGGCGAAACAAGUAAGCCCGUGCAAAAAGGUUCUAAUGAUGCUGGAAGGCUGUCAUUGCUUGGUGAAAGCGGAAGGACAGGAAGCCAGAUGAAAUCAACUGAUGACCGCCUCCAGUUAUUAAGAUCACUUAGACCCGUUUCUACAACUCCGGCAGAUAAAACAGGAUUGUCAACUGCUGGAGUCAGAUCUCUGUCCUUGUCGCGUCCUGCCUCACCCAGUAAGACAUCGGUGAUAUCCUCUCCUGGUUCAAGAGGUCUCAGUCCAUCUCGGUCGAGGCCAUCAACUCCUGUAACUCCUUUUUCUAGAGGGCUUAAUCCAUCUCAAAUUAGGCCAAACAGUCCUACCAGUCCAUCUGACAAUUCAACUUCAGUUAUGAGCUUUAUUGCUGAUUUUAAGAAAGGGAAAAAGAGUGCAGCCUUCAUAGAAGAUGCUCACCAGUUACGACUUAUGUACAACAGAUACCUGCAAUGGAGAUUUGUCAAUGCAAGAGCAGAGGAUGCACUUUACAUCCAAAAUUUAACUGUGGAGAGAACUUUAUAUGAUGUAUGGAGCACUACUUUGUCUAUGUGGGAAUCAAUUAUUAGGAAGAGGAUCAAUCUCCAGCAGCUGCGGCUAGAGCUCAAGCUGAAUUCUAUUUUGAAUGAUCAAAUGACCUACCUUGAUGAUUGGGCUGCACUUGAAAGUGAUCACGUUGAUGCUGUAUCUGGGGCUAUAGAAGACUUCGAGGCAAGCACUCUUCGUCUUCCAGUGACUGGAGGGGCAAAGGCAGAUAUUGAGCAUUUGAAAGUUGCUAUCUGUUCAGCUGUUGAUGUCAUGCAAGCAAUGGGAUCUGCAAUCUGCCCUUCGCUUUCACGGGUGGAGGCCAUGAAUAAUUUAAUUUCUGAAGUUGCUAUAGUAUCAGCACAGGAAAAGGCCUUGCUUGAUGAAUGCGAAGCGCUACUAACAUUUGCAGCAGCUAUGCAGGUUGAGGAAAAUAGCCUUCGGACGCAUCUCAUGCAAAUCAAGCAAGUUUUAGAGGUGAAUAAGUAACAAAUGCUGGAAUUUAAACAAGCAUUAGCUUGACCUACUUCUAAGCUAACAACACUUCUUGGUUCUUGCGGCUGCAGCCAAAUAGUAUAAGUAUAUCUAAUAUAUUAUAUAAUUAUUUCAGGUUAUUUACCCUUGUAAAUUAUUUUUGUUAUGUUUAAAUAGGCUCCUUCCCUUUUUUGUCUCACUCAAAUAUGUUGGAAUUCAUAUUGUUCCAUUAUUAUCUUCCUCUCCUUUCUUUAGUCAACACUGGCGACCAAGCCUUCCACUUGUAAUUUUGUAUCAGGACAAAUGAGAAAGAAAAUGCAAAGCAAAAGAGUUAUAUUGAGUUCAA